CAAUACUGAGAAUUCUGGAAGGGUGGCUUUGUACGUGGGAUGCGCUUAUUAAGAGAGUGUAAUAAAUUAAAUACGUGGCAUUUCAUUACAAGCUCGUGAGCUUGUAUUAAAACGCAAAUGUGUCCUACAAGAAUGGAAAUUUUUGCCUCUCUGAGCACCGACACGGGAGUAGUCGUGUGUUCGAAUCUCAUCUUGGUAACUAUUUUUACUUUUUUUUUCUUUUUACUAUCUCGCCCGCGAGGACGUGUUUACAGACUGACCUAACGAAAAUUGAAAUUUCGAGAAAUUUUCUAUCAAUAUUAUUGCCUAUCCGAAUAGCAAAAUAUGUCGUGUCUAACUUCAGCUUUUUAUAAACUUUUUUGGCGAGGUUGUUUGCGUAUAUCAUACGUCUUGUUUUGUCUUAAAAGCAGGCUCUCAAUAGAAUGUAUGUGUACUAUCCAGUGACAAGAACAAAUUUGGACAAUUGGGAGAGGGCGGUUGGAGGGGGAAGGGUGGUAGGAGAGGAGGGGGUGGAAAAAGCAUGGUACUUCAGUAAAAAGCAUUUAUGGUUAUUUAUUUAAUUAAAGGCAUGGUUUUCAGACCACUUACAUCAAACCAAAUUUAACUGACAAAUGAGUUAAAUGCUUGGCUACUCCCAGUAAGGCAAUAUGAAAUGAGGGAAGGGGUUUGGAAAAAUAUCCAAAAAUUAACAAUCGGGGAAGCGGGGAUGGGGUAAAAUUCCGCACUUUAGAGUGUUUACUCGCCGGGAUAUUGAUCCAACUUAUUUGGCUUGCCAGUUUACUAUCAAUCAAUGUUUUCACACGAUAAAUCAACACUCUCGACUACGUUAGCAUCAAAUUUCAAGCAUUAGAAUAGUGAACAUUUUCAAUGGCUUUUUUUAGCUCUUAUCUCAUGCAUAAAGAUACUUUGUUAUACAGAGGAAUAAAAUAGGUUUUAAACGCUAAUGGAGAAACUUAUUGUCGGACUUUUUAUUAAACUGACCAGGCUUAAUUGAAAAAGGCAAUUAUAUCACAUUUGACGCGUAACAUGUGGUUGGAAACGUUUCUAAAUGACGCCAUUAUGAAACAAGUCUUGCGCGUGAAAUAUACUUCUGUGUAUUUGAGGUCGAGGUCGCUGACUUUCGUGAAAACAUCAUGGCGGCUCAUUCUUAAUUGUACUUGAGAACAAAAACAUACAUUUUUGUAAUUCUGUCUUAAUUUUAAUAACAAGUAAAUAGUUCUUUUAUUCGUUUUAAAUUGGUAUUUAACUAACAGUCAGGGUUAAUACGUUCAACAUCCUGUAUAUAAAGAAGAGAAAGAUUUAAUUCAUCUCGGUAUUUGCAUAUUGUAAGCAGUUUGUUAUCGUUAUCAAAAUAUGGGCUUGAUGCAACAGCAGAAGCAUGGUGUGCAGUUAUCAAUCUUGAAGAGUCAUAUAGAAACAGCAGCUCUUGCUUGUGUCAUACCAACUCGAAGAUUUGACAGCAGUCUUAAAGAAGAAUUCUAUAGCACCCACGCAUUGAAUACUAUUUCUGAAACAAAAGAUCAAUACAGUGUUUGGAAAAAAAUCGAAAGAAAGUGCAGAGAUGUGCUGAAAAGUAACAAAAUACGAAAAGCUGCUAGCAUGCCGAUGUUACUUCCUUCUCAGUGGUCAACAAAAAAGAAGAGUCCUGCUGUUAGAAUCAUUUCUCUUCCACCUAAUGACUGCAAGGAACAGGAUACGUGUGAAAACUUCGACAAUGCGCAUGAAUGUAACAGGACAAUGAAUUUUGUGUUGACGCAAUACUUUGUAGGCUGGAAAGUGUGAACACAGUAGAACAACUUCAUCCCCAGGACUUUUCUCUCUCACAGGAUCUGUGCUUACCUGUCGAUUAGUGCAGCACCCGUAAGAAAAUCAAAACCAUGAAGACGAGGCUGAAAGUUGUAUUUAAAAGGAAGUGUACAGAUUAUACCUGAGAUUUUCGCGAGGAUGUAAAUUCUUAUUAUCUUACAGCUUGUAAAGAAAUUUUGUAAAUAUGUAAAUUUUUAGAAAUAUUAACUUAAAAGAUACCUGUUCGCCUAUAUCAGAAAAACCUG